GCGAGAGUUAACAUUGACAUACUGUAUACCAUCAACUUGAGUUCUGUUUGGUCACUUACUUCCAUUCCAUCUGGAGUCGAGGCCUAAACAACGUUCAUUUCAGUCCAAAAAGAAUCAACAUUUCAUCGACUCAGAGAUGACAGGAUCCAGGUUACUGGUCCUAGACCUAGUAGGUUUUGUAACAUUGUCUAGUCAAGCUCUCUACUGUUGUCAAGAUUCGCGGGAAUUUGUUCACGUUUAGGCGGGCUGUGGACAGAAUGUGCUGUUUAUUUUAUGGACACACUCAAGGCCACUCUCUGAUUGAGUGAGUGUUUGCAGGAUACGAUAGAGUCCAGGCGUAUUCGCAACCUUGCUCAGCAGCCAUUGUUGUCUCAUCCAAUUUGAUCAACAUCGAGGUGUUUCAAUAAUCACUGACACUUGGGCCAGUGCGUGAGAACAAACCAUUUGCAGUACCUCUCAGACUUCUUACUAUUGAUACGAGGCAGACAACACAUACCUUCGGAGGUAAGACGACAAAGCGACGGCGUUGUUACGGGAAUUAAUGUGCACUUUGAAUUAGACGGUUAGACGGUUUCUGAGACCCAAUUGUUCAUGCCCCUUGAAUCGCUACGGGGGCCGACCCCGCAGCCAGCCAUGGGCGCAUUGUUGUCCACUGUUGCAGCCCCAUCCAACUGUGUGAGCUGCAUGUGAGAUGACGCCAGGCGCACGACGCGGUUGCUCCUUGAGCCACUGUGGUUGGCGCGCGUGCACGUUUUAUUUACUAAUCGACAUUAAUAUCCCGCGAACUUUCUGCAACGGGCGAAAAGAAAAACCAAAAUCGACAAAAUCGACAAAAACUUUAUCUAUAAUUGAUUCAAACACGGGAACAACAUCCCUGCCCCAGGCUGGCGUCGCAGGUAGCCAUGGCCUACCGUUCGCCCUCGAGAGGGCCAAAUCGCCAGCCUACAGACGAUAACGAUGAGUUGGCGCAAUCGCUCCGACACCUCUCUCUUUCGGCGAGAUCUCCACAAAAUGGCACUCAGCGUUCUCCAAGCUCCAUGAGCAUCUCGAGGUCUCCAAGCUCUUUAAGCGUCCGAGGCGCCGCCCCGCGAAGUCCCCUGGCUGAGGGCGGCCGUCCAGCGUCUCGCGCUGGCACCCCAGGCCUACUGCGCAAGGCUUCAAUGAACUCCCUACACUCUGUGAACGGUGUCGCGCCGCCACGCCGGGCAAGCUCCGUCAAUAUCUCAUCCCCUUCGGCUUCACGGUCGCCUCGCCACAGCACCUCGCCGCCGGAGCGGAAGCCAGCUCAGACGGCUGCCUCUGUUGCCCGUGAUUACUUCAAGCUUGAGCUGGCAGUCCGGCAUGGUGAGCAACCAGACCCCACCUCCGAGACUGUUGUAAUUAUGCACGACAGCUGCUACGGACAUCGAUUUUCCCGCCCUCGCACCUCCCGGGCUGCCUUGAGCACGAUAGUCGAGCGACCGGAAAGGAUCAAGGCGAGCGCACUUGGUGUAGCUGCUGCCUAUGUACGUCUGGGAGAGCGACAUUCUGAUGGAAUACAUCCCAUUGAUCCAAGUCUUGAUCCUGCGGCAAUACCCUCGAUACCGUUCCGGAUACAAAAGACCACACGUCGGUUGCCGCUGAUGUCGCAGGCGGUUACGAACGUACACGGCACCAAGUGGAUGGAGGAGCUGAAAAUGAUGUGUGACUCUGCGGAAACAAAGCUGGCGAUGAACGGAAAGGAACUGCAGCGGCCGGACAUGCCCAGGGGCCCGGAACAAAACGGGCCGCCGCCAAAGUUCCACGAAGGAGACUUGUAUCUCUGCUCCGAGUCGCUGGAUGCUCUAGAGGGUUCCCUGGGAGGUGUAUGCGAGGCCGUGGAUGCUGUCUUCACUCCAGAAAACCCUGCAAAGCGUGCUUUUGUCGCAAUUCGGCCACCGGGUCAUCACUGCUCUGCUUCGUUCCCCUCAGGAUUCUGCUGGGUCAAUAAUGUGCAUGUUGGAAUCAUGCACGGAAUUCUUAGCCAUGGACUGACCCAUGCGGCCAUUAUUGACUUUGACUUGCACCAUGGUGACGGCUCGCAGGCCAUUGCUUGGCAGCACAAUACACGCGGUAUUGGACUGUCGACGAAUGCCGCCUGGUGGAAGAAGCCGUCGAUUGGAUAUUUUAGUCUGCACGACAUCAACUCUUAUCCAUGCGAAAUGGGCGACGAAGAGAAGGUCAAAAACGCAAGCUUGUGCAUUGAAAAUGCGCAUGGCCAGAAUAUUUGGAACGUCCACCUGCUACCAUGGAAGACAGAAGAGGACUUCUGGCGGCUGUAUGAGUCCAAAUACAAGGUACUACUGGACAAGACGAGAGAGUUUCUCAGGGCUCAAACAGAACGCUUCCGAAAUGCUGGCCAGAGCAAUGUUGCCAAGGGUGCCAUCUUUCUCUCUGCUGGAUUUGAUGCCAGUGAGUGGGAGGGUGCAGGUAUGCAACGACAUAAAGUCAACGUUCCAACAGAAUUCUAUGCUCGUCUCACGCGGGAUGUCGUCAAGAUCGCGGCGGAAGAGGAGACCAGCGUCGAGGGCAGAGUAAUUAGCGUCCUCGAGGGUGGCUAUAGCGAUCGUGCACUUUGUUCGGGUAUUUUGAGUCAUGUAAGCGGCCUGGCGGGUGACGAUCCCGUAGACUUCGCUCCUUUGAAGGGCCUUCGCGGAGAAGUCAAUAAAAGGCUAAGUGGAGCAAGCCUCACUCAUGCUCGGAGAGAAUCUUUCAGCCUCAAGAACACAUUCCCCCUCCACCCGUACGAAGCAGAGUGGUGGCAUGCUUCAGAACUCGAGCGGCUUGAGACGGUCAUGGCUGCCCCGAUGGAGGCUCCUGAGCCCAGGAAGCCCCGUAACUGUACGCCCCCGACAUAUUCAUCUCCCACGCAGUCAUCUCAAGCCAAGGUGGUGUACAAUCCCAGCAAAAUCCGUCGGAGUUUGCCAUCCACGACCGACGGGAGGAGCUCACCCAUGCCCGUACCACGAGCACCAACACCACCACCACCUGAUGUUCCAUGGACCGUCGCAGCCCAUGAGCUUAGCAAACUUUUGAUCCCCAGCGAUCGUCAAACAGGUAGCUGCAAGCCAGAAGACCUCAACGCAGAGGCGACACGGCAAAGGCGGGAUCGCCAGUCUAUAGCACUGGCGGCUGCAGCGUCAUCGUUGCCAUCUCCUACAAUAGUUGAGUCCAUUGAGGUUGACGAGCCCCCUCGCUCUUCCACGAGAAUGUCACUGCGCGAACGGAAGGCCCCGAAGUCAUAUUCAGAGUCGAAUAAGGACGACUUUGCCAAGGGCGAUCGCAGAAAGACUGUGGCGGGGCCAUCUGUUAUUGCAACAGACAAGGCUGCAGCAAGGGGUUUUCCUGCGGCCGCCGGGAGGUCUAAGCAAACCCCGAGACGUCUUAGUGCUGCAUCGACAGUUGUGUCCGAAGUUCCUGAUGGAUUCCUGCCCCCUCCAAUGAAUGGUGCGGUUGUAAGACCCAGCACAUCAUUGAGUAUCAGGCCAGAGUCGUCAAUGAGCGUCCGCAGCACGAUGACCACUGGUGGAUCCCUACCUAUCAAAAAGACGCGUGUAGCUCCCAUGAAGAAGGAUGUAGUCCCGAAGGCCCCCCGCGGUGCAAAGAAAGCUGCGCCUCCGAGCAUCCCUCAAAUCAAGACGGAGAAGGAAGAUGAAGGCCCGAGUCCCGUUGCUUCGCGAGUACCGGCUUCUACAUCAUCUAUGCUAACUCAGCCAAAAGAAAGCAAUGAUGAGAUGGAUAGUCUCACUACCAACAUGAAAAAAGUCAAGAUCACUCUGCUCACAAAGGCGCAAAAGGAAGCUCGCGAGCAGAAGGCAGCUAUGCCCACAAACGGCAAUCAAGUAGUCACACCUACAGAGGAGCGGUCACCGAUUGUUCUCGUACCGGGAAGCGCGCCGGAGCGGAUGCAAUCAGGACGAAGCAUCGCUUCCAAGCCUCCCCUGAACGUUAGUUCGGUCGACUCAUCUUCGGGCUAUCCAGCCGCUCCCUCGACGCCCGACAUGUUCAUACCAUUCCAGCCGGAAGGUCCGGUCCCGGAGCCACAUCCUCAAAGUAACCAGCAGCAGCAGCUCCAAUGGCUCCCGCCCAAUGUUGGAACGCCGUCUCCCGUGAAGCGACAAGAUUUACCGGUAUUUUCAGCUACUGGAACGAUCCCUUUUGCAAGUGCGACGGGUAAACCAUCGUCUCCUUUGCGUGGCGGCACUGAUGCUCCUGACAAGACCAGCAGCGGAGUUUCAACACCUAUUCCUAAGUCGCGUGUUCAACAAGUCAGGUCAAUGUGGGAAGUUCCGGAGACGCCACAGAAGUAGUGGAUGUUAUUCUUGACGCAGCAACCCCUGGAUCUUGUCCUUUUUUGUGCCUUGAUGUUGUUACUAUUUGGACACGGCAUGUUGUUGUACAAAACAUGGACAAAGUUUACCGUUUAUAUUUCCUCACCUGAUUAUAAUCUUUCAUCCCAGAGUUGUUUCAGUUUUAUUUGCACGGUAGUAUGUUGCAAAGCUUUGCUGAACCAACGAGUCCGUGGUACAGAGAUACCCCUUUAAUCUAGCUUCCUGCCCGAAGUAAUAUAAAUAUCGAGCAAAUAUCCUUGGCUACCAUCCCGGCAUACGUCAG